AUGUACGAAGGGAUUGACAACCUGAAAUCCCUUUACGACCGUGCCGGGAAGACUUUCUCCGGCGGUCCUUCUGCGGCACAGGAUGUGCGCGUCGUACUGCUCGACCAGACCCAGUACGUCAACCAUCAAUUGGGAGCGGGGGGCUCCCAAGAAUCCCAGGACGGGGAGAUAGCCGCGCCACCGGACGAGGGUAACUCGUCCGACGUCCGUUCACGUCGCGGUGGUUCAACAGCUGCUCUACUAGAUAGCGCUGGCCACCGCGAGAGUCCUCUAAUGGAGGUGGAGGAGGAGGAAAGACGCUCUCCACACGAUCAUGUGGAUCGGUGUGUUCCCGAGAGUUUUCUUGAUCGCGUAACGCAAGGGUUACGCGACGAUCUCGAGCAUGAGCGGAAUAGGCGUCUCCAGAUGGUGGACACUGCCCGAAGCAUCGAGCUGAGUUUGCCUUUGCUCAGCUUGAGAACGAGAGAUCUCUGA